AAAAAAAAAACAAAUCUCAAAGCGGGGGGCGGUCUGUGAUCUUUACUUUCUAAAUAAUUCAGCUAAGUCUUAAUAUGUAGUAAUUACCUCGUGUUAAGGUGAACGUAACUCUUUGUGGAUAAGUCAGGGGACAAACAAGUUUGAGGGUCGGUGUUCCAUCUCCGUGAUUAAAAAUUUCAUUUGAUCACAGCUUUACAUCGUUAAUUGGUUGUUCCCUAUUUUACAGGACAGGGGAAAUGGCUUUUAAUCAACAACAAAUCAAUCAACGAACUUUCGUCAUCCUUCUCCAGUUUUCAUUUGGACUUUAUAUCAAACAUUCUACUGGUGAGUAGAAAAUAUAUCUACAUUACAUCUGCUCCACACAUGUUAACAGAGACAUCUAGGACAAGAAACUGAACCAUAAUAGACAUUUUUCACCUUUUAAAAAUUGCUCAAGAAUGGAGAACGUUGAUCACUUGGACACUUGUAACACAACUGUUAUUAAUGUAGAUACAGUUAGAGAGACAGACGGAGAUGAAAAAGCUGAAAACGGAAGUGUUGCUGAAUAUCGCUGCGAGAUUUGUAGGAAGACAUUUUCUUCAGAAGAUGAAGUCUUCUCACACAAAGAAAUACACAGUAAAAAGAAAACGAUUCAUUGUGAAACAUGUGGGAAAUCAUUUCUUAGUAAAUCACAUCUCAUAGUUCACAAACGUAGCCACACUGGCGAAAGACCAUUCAAAUGUGAAAUUUGUGAGAAAACCUUCACUCAGAAUUCUCACCUUCACAAUCACAAACGUAGUCACAGUGGAGAAAAACCUUACCAUUGUGAGAUAUGUGGGAAAUUUUUCACUCAGAAUUCUCACCUCUUGGUUCACAAACGAAGUCACACUGGAGAAAGACCAUUCCAUUGUGAAAUAUGUAAGAAAUCUUUCACUCAGAAUUCUCAUUUUAUUUACCAUAAACGUUGUCACACUGGAGAAAAGCCAUUCCAAUGUGAAAUAUGUGAGAAAUCUUUUAUUUCUCGUGGCAACUUAACAGCGCAUAAAAGAAUACAUGCUUCUGAAAAACCUUACCAGUGUGAAAUAUGUGGAAGAUCUUUUGCAUUUGAACCAGAUUUAAAGAAACACAACAGGCUGCACACUAUGGAGAAACCUUUCCAUUGUGAAAUAUGUGGAAAGUCUUUCCCUCAGAAGUCUCAUGUUGUAGUUCACAAACGUAGUCACACUGGAGAAAAACCAUUCAAGUGUGAAAUAUGUGAGAAAUCUUAUGCAUGUAAAAAGACAUUAAUCUUGCAUGAAAGAGUACACACUGGCAAGCAACCAUUCAAGUGUGAAAUAUGUGAGAAAUCUUUUAGUUCUAGUACCAACCUAGCAAUACACAUAAGAAUACACACAGGAGAAAAACCUUUCCAUUGUGAAAUGUGUGGGAAACCUUACGGUUCCGGUAGUGCACUAAUACAACAUCGGAGAGCACACACUGGGGAAAAGCCUUUCCAUUGUCAAAUAUGUGGGAAAUAUUUUGCCUCUCUUAGUGAUUUGAAGAUACACAAAAGAAUACAUACAGGAGAAGAAGCACCAUUCCACUGUGAAAUAUGUGGAAAAUCUUUUAACUGGAAUUCUCAUUUAAUUGAACACGAACGUUAUCACACGGGGGAAAAACGUUUUCAGUGCGAAAUAUGUGGACAAGCAUUCACUCAGAAAUGUCGUUUAGUUGAACAUGGACGUUAUCAUACAGGAGAAAGACCAUUCCACUGUGAAACAUGUGGGAAAUCUUUUGUGUCUUCUAAUAAAUUAAAGAAUCACCAAAGGAUUCAUUCUCAAAGGAAACCUUUGGACUGUGAAAUAUGAUAAGUUCUUUUCUUUGGAGAAUAUAUUAAGAUGAUGAAAUAUGUUAAAAAUCAUUCUCUAUGUUCUGGUCUUGUAAUCCACAAAUACUACAUGGAGAAAGAUGUGUUUACUGUUAAGUUUUAGACAGAGACACCAUUUCAUGAAUCAUGAUGAGAGAAAUACUGGGGUCAGACCUUCACCGGUAUUUUUAUGUCCAUCUUUCCACUCUUGCAUGGGUCAGAUAGAGUUUGUUGAGGCAGAUGUGAGGUGAUGAGUUCGAUUCCCAGACUAGCUUGUGUGUUGCGUUCUUGAGCAAGACACUUUAUUUCACGUUGCUCCAGUUCACUCAGCUGUAGAAAUGAGAUGCGAUGUCACUGGUGCCAAGCUCUAUCGGCCCCUUUGCCUUUCUCUUGGAUAACAUCAAACAGUGACAUGGUGAGCGGAGGCUGGUAUGCAGGGGUGA